CAUUAUCCAAUUAUAACCGAGUUGCCACCGAAUUGAUCUUGAAGCAAACACCCACCCACUCUUCGACGCUAGUAAACUAUCUUUUGCUGGGGCGGUGGCAAAUGGGGGAAGGGAGAGAUAAAGUUGGUGAUUCUCCAGUCGAAACGGCAUCAUUGGAGAGGGUACAGGCCUUGCUGGAGGCUGCUAGGUACGAUGACAUGGAUGAUCUUAAAAGCUUAGAGUCUGCUGGUCUUUCUCUUGAUUCUAAGGAUCUCCACGGCCGAACAGCACUACACAUGACUUCUGCUAAUGGGCAUCUUCAGAUUGUGGAGUAUCUAAUCAGUAGAGGAGUGGAUCUGAAUGCUACAAAUGAGGAGAUGAAUACACCUCUACACUGGGCUUGCCUGAAUGGACAUGUUGAGGUGGUUAAGAAAUUGAUCUUAGCAGGAGCAAAUCUUAGUGUAUUAAACAGCUACGAAAGGACUCCAGUUGAUGAAGCAGUGAGCAGGGGAAAGAUGGAUGUUCUGGAUGCCGUUAAUGCAGCGGCUGCCCAAGUAGAGCUUCGUGAUGUCAGCGUGUCCUAGUGUACUAUUGAGCCCCCUAAUGAAAAUGAUUUAUGAUAAUAGUGAUAGAUGUUAUCUUCUUGUAGAAUGCAAGCUUUGAUAUGAAAUAAUGAAGGUUUUGGUGAUA